GCUGCACUCGCCCGCGCGCCGGCGUGGAGCCGAGCCCCGCCGCUUCCUCCUCUUCGCGUGGAUGCCGCUCGCCAUUGCCACUCGCCUCGCGGGAAGACGAGCGAGUCGUGGUGGUAGUAGGUUGCUAGACUACUCUACUGGUACGAGCCUCGUCUCCAAGGAGGGACUGCCAUGUGGGCCCACCUUGUUCCGUUGGGCCCACACGAGUCGUGGACCCACUGUCAGUGAUAGUGGCUCCAGGGAGCUGCAUGUGGGCCCCAUCUUGAUCUGUUUGGCCCACACGAGUGGUGGACCCACUGUCAGUGAUGGUGAUAGCGUUCAGAGGUGGGAAGGUGGGUGGGGGCAACAGCCACUGGAACAGCGCCGCGCCUUCUUCCCUCCCCUUGGAACAUCUUGGCAAAGGUGAAUAUGGUAUGGCCGGGCUGAUCAACCUACGCGCCAGCCUGGGGAAUUUGUUGUCUGCUCAUUGGUCAUCUUCAGUUCGACAAUCGCCGGCAUCACAAGUAACAGUUCAGUUUAGCUACCCACUGUCUCGUUCUGCUAAGCUUUGUCGAACUCGUUCUUUAGUGGCGCCAGCACUGAAGGUCUCCAAGGACGGCUCCUUGCCAGGUUUGGCUAAUCGCCAGCCUUCCAAAGUGGUUAUUGAGACCUCGCGCAAAACUAAUGCAGUAUGUUUCGAUGUUGAUAGCACGAUCUGCCUGGAUGAGGGCAUCGACGAGCUUGCUGAUUUUUGUGGGGCAGGGCAAGCUGUUGCUGGGUGGACAGCGAAGGCUAUGACAGGGACCGUUCCAUUUGAGAGGCGUUGGCAGCUAGGCUGUCUUUGAUCAAGCCAUCUCUAUCCCAAGUUGAGGAAUGCUUGGAGAAGAGGCCGGCAAGCGUUAGCCGCGGCGAGGCUCGACGGAGGCCAAGGCCGUCCGGAACCGUGUAGCAGUGGUCAGAGGUGGAGUCAUCAUCGGAGCCGAGGGGCGUAGUGUCGUGACCCCCUUGAGGCUCGACGGAGAUGAAGUGGUCCAGAGCCCUGCAGCGUCGGCCGGAGGCGAGGUCGACCUCGGAGCCUAGGGGCAGCGAGGCUCAACAGAGAUGGUGUGGUCCAGAGCCCCGCCGCGUCGACAGGAGGCGAGUUCGACCUUGGAGCCGAGGAGUGUCGAGGCUCUAUCGAGACAAUGUAUUCCGGAGUCUAACAGUGUCGCACACCGAUGAGGGUGGUGGUGUGGUGCCAACCCACUGGGGUGCCAGGAACACUGCUACUAUUGUCUUCGCUCGGGAUGAAAGGAUGGGAGGCGGCCCUGUCGAAGAGCUGGCCCCCCAGCGCAGGUAGAUCUUCGGCGGUGGCUUUUGGAGGUGACCUGAGGCGCGGAGGUCUGAGGGCCUCCGGCUGGCUCUGAGGGCUUUAACUGCGGUGUGGGCCUAGUUCUCGUGAUGUGGCCCGCCUAGCGACCGCACUAGAGCCAAGCGUCAGCGAGCUGUUGCGAAGCCUUGCUGCGCGCCGGUCUAGGCUAUGCGAGGCGUGACCGCACGCCCAAGGCCAUUGUCAGCCAGACUUCCGGGGCAACUGCAUGCACGGUUAGCCAAACAAAAAUGUGUGCACUCAAGCCGCACCACUCCCUACCACUAUGCGCGCAUGCAAAUAACUGCGAGCAAGUGGAGCGCGGGCACACUGGGUUGCCAUAACCUCAUCCGCCUACCUCUGAAAAAAAAGAUAAGCUUGUUGUCGGCAAGCACACGUGGGCACCACAAAGGUCAAGAGCUACCUUUCAGUACCAUCUAUAUGCUCCCUUGGAUGUAGACCAUAGUAUGUAGAGACUCUGCACGCGUACGACAAGUAAAUAAUAUACUGCUAUUUUCUAUACAACAUAAAUAAGUAUCCCAGCGACAUGGUCUGACCACAUGAGGACUCUAGUCAAGCACUGCGGCCUCCUACCCUGCUGUGGACGGUGCAUGUGUCAGGAGCCCACACUGAGUGGACACGACCUUCUCCUUGAUUUUUCGCCUUAUGCGUGCUAAGCUUGUUGCGGCUUUCCUAUACCCAUUGUCGAGGUAGCAAAGAGCGGUGAGCUUGCGCACGCGGAGCUGCGCGAUAACAGGCCUCCACGCCUGUUGUUCGUCACGCCGAGUUGCGCGGCGAUCAACUCUGAGUUUGAGUAUUGCAAGGGUGUUGGGCUUUCAUGUUCUUCUCUCUUGGUGUAUUCUCAAUUCCUUUUCUUUCAUGACUUCUUGUAUCUCUAU